UUCUCUACCAUGCGGUCGGGCCUGUAAAGUGGCCGUGUUUGUUUACAGCCUGCUUGGCAAAAGUGUAACUUUUGGUCGAAAAAAUGGUGCGCCACAAUAACCAGCUGCCGGACAAUUUGCCGCAACUGCAAAACCUCAUCAAACGCGAUCCGGAUUCGUAUCGCGAUGAGUUUUUGCAGCAGUAUCACCACUUCCACAGCGUGCUCGACAUCUUUCGCCUGGAACCGGACAAGGAAAACAAAAGCCUCUGCGAGUCGAUUAUGUUUCUGGCACAGGUGGCACAGUGCUAUCUGGAGGAGUUGAAAACGUUUCCACAAACGCUGGUGGAUCUUCUGAAAACCCACUCAACCACGCUCGAUCCAGAGAUGCGGAACACGUUCUGCCGAGCGCUGAUACUGCUGCGAAAUAAGAACCUGAUUUCGCCGCUCGAUCUGCUGGAAUUGUUCUUUCAGCUGUUACGUUGCCCGGACAAAGCACUGCGUACCUUCCUGGAGAAUCACAUCAUUAACGACAUCAAAAACAUGAACGCAAAGCAGAAAGACAUGAAGCUGAACUCUACGCUGCAAAACUUCAUGUACACCAUGCUCCGGGAUACGAACCCAAAGGCGGCUAAAAUGUCGGUUGACAUCAUGAUCGAGCUGUACCGGAAGCAGGUUUGGAACGAUGCCAAAACGGUAAACGUGAUCGCAAACGUUGGCUGCUUUUCGAAAAUCACGAAGGUAGCGGUGGCAUCGUUGAAAUUUUUCCUGGGAACCGAUCAGCAGGACGAGGAAGAUGACGAGGACGAUAGUGAUCGCGAAGUGGACCUCAAGGGUAUCAUGAUGGCAGCCAAGGUGAACAAGAAAACUAAGAAGCGCAAGAAGAAGGUGGAAGCGGCCAAAAAACUGUACACGCAGGCCCAAAAGAAGAAGAAAAAGCCGGUCGCGUUCAACUUCUCCGCAAUUCACCUAAUUCACAACCCGCAGGGAAUGGCAGAAAAUUUGUUUAAACAGUUGCAGGAUGGGAAUGAACGAUUUGAAGUGAAAUUGAUGCAUCUGGAUGUAAUUUCGCGAUUGAUCGGCAUUCACGAGUUGUUCCUGUUCAGCUUCUAUCCGUACAUAGCUCGAUUUAUUCAACCACAUCAACGACAAGUAACUCGUAUACUUCAGUUUGCCGCGCAAGCAUCUCACGAACUAAUCCCGCCGGAAAUCAUCGAACCAGUGAUAAAAACGUUGGUAAACAAUUUCGUAACCGAACGCAACUCGAGCGAUGUCAUGGCGAUCGGGCUGAACGCGGUACGAGAAAUUUGCGUCCGGUGUCCGCUGGCGAUGAACGAAGAUUUGCUGCGCGAUUUAACGAUGUACAAAAACUACAAGGAAAAGUCGGUCAUGAUGGCAUCGAAGGCGUUGAUAAUGUUGUACCGCGAACAAAUGCCUACCAUGCUGACGAAGAAGGAUCGUGGCCGGCCGACGGAAGCGAGUGUGGAGGUGAAGCCGAAGCGUUACGGUGAAAUCGUUGCUGCUGAUUAUAUCCCAGGUACCGAAGCUUUGCUGCGGGAAGAUGCACCGGAACUGGAAGAAGAGGAGGGUUCGGCAGGAGGCGAAUCGGAUGGGGAUUGGGUGGAUGUGGACAGCAGUGAGGAUGAAACUGAGGCCAUGUUACGUGAGGCAAGGGGCAAAAAGGGUAUCUUGAUGAUUAAGUCUUCCAAGCAUGAAAAAGAAGAGGAAGAAGACGAAAUUAGUGAGGAGGAAGACGAAGGUGAAGAUGAGGAGAGUGAUGAGGAUGAAGACGAAGAUGAUGAUGAGGAUGAGGAUGAGUGGGAAGAGUGCAGCGAUGAAGAAGAGAUUGUAGAGAAGCAAGCCGUGGAACCGAAACUUAGCAAGCAAGCCAAACGAAGAGAAAAGAGAAAACGCACGAAGAAGAUUCCCACCGUCACGAAAGCGUCCGCCGUGGAAUCAGAAAUAACCGGCAACGACACGGAACAAACGGCCAAAAAUGGUGAACAAACUCUUAAUACGGCAGAAGCAAUGCAGGAGCUGGCGUUGACCAAAAUCUUUACCGAUGCCGACUUUGCACGCAUCGAGCAGGAGCGUGUGAAGAAGCAGCUUACGCAUCACAGCCGCAAACGGCAGCUGGAAACGGAGCGCAGCGAGUUUGUAAAGCUGGACGCGAUCGAGAUGAUCUACAAGCGGCGCAAGGCGGACAAACAGGCGCGCGUGGAGAGCAUGCAACAGGGUCGCGAUGAUCGCGAAAAGUUUGGCUACAAGGAUAACCGGUUGAAUCCCCACUGUUCCAAGACGAACCGUGAAAAGCAGAAGAAUAAGAACUUCUCAAUGAUUCGUCACAAGGUGCGGGGCAAGGUGAAGAAGUCGUUCCGUGACAAACAGGUAGCGUUGAGGAAACAUUUGAUGCAUGUCAAAAAGAUGAAAUAAACUGGGAAUUACUUUUGUGAAAAAGUAAUCCCAAUUUAAUUGAAAUUUGACGGGGUUGACUAUGUCGGAAAGGAUACAAAGCGAUGAUGAACGUAGCGAAGAGCAAUGAGGUUGAGCUCAGCAUGACUUCGAGAGCAUGAAAGUUCAAUAAAGAUGAUC